AGGAGAGAGGAGCGGCGCGUUAGGCCCCGGCACUGGCCGAGCUCUCCGAAACGAUGUGAAGUGGCUUAUCCCCGGCAGAAACUUGUGCAGCAGACAACAUGGACAGCAACAGCUUCAUCCAGUUCGAUGUGCCGGAAUACAGUGGUACAGUCCUAAACCAACUCAAUGAGCUUCGGAUGCAGGGGAAGUUGUGCGACAUAAUUGUCCACAUUCAAGGUCAACCUUUCCGCGCACACAAGGCAGUCCUUGCCGCCAGCUCUCCGUAUUUCCGUGACCAUUCAGCCCUAAGUACCAUGAGUGGCUUAACGAUAUCGGUUAUCAAAAACCCCAACGUCUUUGAACAGUUGUUGUCAUUUUGCUACACUGGAAGAAUGUCCGUACAGCUAAAGGAUGUUGUGAGCUUCCUGACCGCAGCCAGCUUUCUCCAAAUGCAAUGUGUCAUUGACAAGUGCACCCACAUUCUAGAGAGCAUCCACUCGAAAAUAAAUGUCGUAGGAGUAGGCGGAGAAGAUGGUCAGGUCAACCAUAAUGGUGUCAAAGAUGAUAGUUACUUUGCAAACCCAGUGGAAAUAUCUCCUCCGUACAGUGGGCACGUGCGGCAGUCGAUCGUAAGCAAUGAUCUGAAGAUGGAUGGCAUAGCCACCAAAAGUCUAAGGAACCGUCCUCAAGAAGAGGGGCAGUCAGACAGGGGCAGCAACGGUAGCAUUUCGGAACAUGAAAUUCAGAUAGAAGGAGAACCUGAACAUGGCGACAUGGUGAGAGAGAAUCAAAUCACAGAAGUUAAAGUCAAAACCGAGAAGUCUGAUCGGCCAAGCUGCUCCGAUAGCUCCUCACUCGGCGACGACGGCUACCACACUGAAAUGGUGGAUGGAGAACAAGUGGUGACACUGAAUGUAGGUUCCUACGGGUCUGUAUUGCAACACGCGUAUUCCUAUUCACAAGCUGCUUCCCAAAAUGCCAACAUAUCCGAGCCCUACGGGAACCUAAGCAAUUCCAGUCCUUCCAGAUCCAUGCUGAGCUGCUAUCGAGGUGGCCGGGUGCGCCCGAAGAGAGCGCAGCAUGUAACCGGCGAGGUUCAAAACGCUAUCCAAAGUCCUGAAAGCGAGACGGCGGUGAGCACACCGACUUACGAGAGCAGCCCACGUGAGAGGUCGACUCGAGGCUACUGGCAUCCAUACAACGAGAGACUCAUCUGCAUCUACUGCGGCAAGACUUUCAACCAGAAGGGGAGUCUUGAUCGGCACAUGCGUCUUCACAUGGGCAUCACGCCUUUUGUAUGCAAGUUCUGCGGCAAGAAGUACACACGCAAAGACCAACUGGAGUACCACAUACGGGGGCACACGGAUGACAAGCCUUUCCGGUGUGAAAUUUGCGGCAAGUGCUUCCCCUUCCAAGGCACGCUCAAUCAGCAUUUACGAAAAAACCACCCCGGGGUGGCAGAGGUGAGGAACCGGGUCGAAUCGCCGGAAAGAACAGAGGCUUUUGUAGACCAAAGUGAUGUUUCAGUAUCAGAAGUGAACAUGGACUCGAAUAUUGAUAUUCACGCGGUCACUACCACCCCCGAAUAACUACACGCCAACGCACACUGUACAAAGCACACAACGUGGACUAAUGCCUAUUUUUACUACUUUACUGCUUCUCCGGUAAUCUCUUUAGUACGGCGGACGCUACUCUUGACCCAUUUCUCCUUUUGGAAUGCUUCAUGGUAAUAUGGAGACUUUAUAAGAUACUUUGGGUGAUACACUAAAUAUGUGUUUUUUACAUCGGGGUUAAGAUUUUUUAUUUUUUUUUCCCCCCCUUUUAUUUGCUUU